AGGAUCAGCAUGCGAAAAGUCUUCCUACGAGGGAGCUCCGGUCGUACAACUGAUCGAACAUCAAAAAGUUCUCCACCUCUACUUGACUUUUCUUAUUAAGACAAUCCUACGAUUCUUCUUGGUUUGUAUAGGAUUCCAGUUCAAGUAAUCUCCUAUUUCUACCUCAUAGUAUAGGCUCCGGUACAACCUCGGAAAGGGUGUAGCCGUUGGACUUGUACAACCACAGCGGGAGGCUUUCGCGACUGAUUACACCGAGGGGCAUUGCGUCCUGACAAGAUGAGAUCAUUUGUUGUAUAUUCAGAAGAUGGAUAUAAAACUUUGAGCAUGGCGCGUCUUGUAAGCAACCAAGUGCUUUCCGUCAUCGAUUAAUGCAACAUGUCGGUCUCUAUUUCAUCAGUUCUGCUCGAACACCACCGGCAGGCUUUUGGCAUUGCUGAAGCCUCGCCUCGCAUCUCUUGGAAGUUCGAAGGGAAUGCUAUCGAUUGGGAACAGACCGGUUACGAGAUUGAGAUCACUCGCGAUGGAGUACCCCGGAUCUUUGGUGCAAAUUCCUCAACGUCGACACUUGUCUCUUGGCCAGACGAACCUCUCUUAAGCACAGAAUCAGCUACAGUCAGAGCUCGAGCUUAUGGCAGUGGAGCAGAUACUGACUGGUCGGAUGUUGUUUCAGUAGAAGCUGCAUUACUGGAUGGAGACUGGGCUGGGGCAGUGCCCAUUGCUGCUGACCGAGAGACUGAAGUCAACGCUCCUCACAAACCCGUUCUUUUUCGGAAAGAUUUCAAUAUCAACUCCACUAUCGUGUCUGCACGACUCUACAUUACUGGCCUUGGUAUAUACGAAGCGCACAUCAAUGGUCAAAGAGUCGGCGAUCAUGUGCUUACACCUGGAUAUAUGUCGUACCAGUUCAGGCACACAUACGAUACCUACGAUGUGACUGAUCUCCUAGAAAGCGGGGAGAACGCUAUUGGAGUUGGUCUUGGAGAAGGAUGGUGGUCAGGACGCUGGGGAUUUCAAAAUCAGCGAAAUCUCUACGGAGAUACUCUUGGAGUACUUGCACUGUUGACCAUCACCGAUGAAGACGGUACCAAGCAGACAAUCAAGUCCGACUUGUCGUGGCACGCUACUGCCGAUGGCCCAACUGUCGCAUCAGAGCUUUACAACGGCGAAAUCUACGAUUCAAGGCUCGAGAUCGACGGGUGGUCUGAACCAUCCUUUGAUAGCAGUGAAUGGCUCGGCGUAAAGCAGCUACCACCAUUGAAGGGAAUGCUCACGACUCUAGACGGCCCACCAAUGCGAAGGGUACAAACGGUGGAACCUCAGAGGGUGUUUCAAUCUCCUACCGGCAAAACGCUGGUCGACUUUGGCCAGAACCUUGUUGGUUGGCUGCAUUUCUCGAACAUCGAAGGACCUUCUGGCACCAACAUAACCAUCCGACACGCAGAAGUCUUGGACGAGGGCGAGAUCGGCAUGAGACCCCUGCGCACUGCAAAUGCUCAAGACAGCUUCAUCUUAAACGGCAAGGGCAACCAGACCUGGGAGCCAUCCUUCACAUACCACGGGUUUCGCUUCAUCGAGGUCAACAAUUGGCCGAACUCUACAGCCCUCGACGCUGAUCACAUAAAGGCAGUGGUUGUGCAUAGCGAUAUGGAAAGGACAGGCUAUUUCGAAUGCUCUGACAGCCUUCUAAACCGAUUCCACGAAAAUGUCAGAUGGAGCAUGAUCGGCAACUUUCUCAGUGUGCCUACCGACUGCCCGCAACGUGACGAACGACUGGGCUGGACUGGAGAUGCACAUGCUUUCAUGCCGACAGCCAAUUAUCUCUACGAUGCCUCAGGCUUCUGGCGCAGCUGGCUCAAGGACGUAUGGUCAGAGGCCAGUAUUGGUGGACUCAACGUAACCCCACACAUCGUACCAGGGGUCGCAAUCAACUUCGGAGACGGAACUGAUGCCUCUAGGGUGCCUACUGCCAUCUGGGGAGACGUUAUUGUCGGCAAUCCAUGGGCGCUUUACCGCACUACUGGCGACAAGCGCAUGCUCGAAGAACAGUACCCGGGAGCGCAGGCCUGGAUCGAUUCAGGUAUCUCGCGGAACGAGCAAGGUCUCUGGAACCGAAGUACUUUCCAGUACGCAGACUGGCUGGACCCCUUAUCUCCGCCUGACGACCCUUCAAACGCUACCACACACAAACACCUAGUCGCUGACUCCUACCUCAUUCAGAUGACACGCCUCCUCUCUUACAUGAGCAGCGCCCUCGACAAGACCUCAGAGGCAGAAAAGUACGCGUCUGAUCGCCAAAACUUGAUCUCGGCAUUCUAUGACGCCUGGAUCGAGCCUUAUGAUGGCUUGAUCGCAAACGUAACCCAAACUGCGCUGACACUCGGCAUCCGCUUCGACAUCUUCGACGAAGCCACGCGCCCCCAAGCUGCCUCAACCCUGAACUCCAUCAUCUCCAACAACUCCUUCCUCGUAGGAACGGGCUUCGCAGGCACUCAGCAGCUGGGCUUCGCUCUGUCGAGCAUAAACAGCACUGCCACGUUCUACAAGAUGCUGCUCCAGACCAAGGUACCCUCGUGGCUGUACCAAGUGGCCAUGAACGGCACCACGACGUGGGAGCGCUGGGACUCGAUGAUGCCCAACGGCAGCAUCAACGCGGGCGAGAUGACGAGCUUCAAUCACUAUGCGUUCGGCAGCGUGGCCGACUGGAUGCAUUCCAAGAUCGGAGGACUCGCGCCAGGCGAGCCGGGAUGGAAGACUACGCUUGUGGCGCCGGAGCCGGGAGGCAAUAUCAGGAGCGCUAACGCGACGUAUUUGAGUCCGUAUGGAGUGGUAAGGAGUACGUGGAAUGUGACGAGCGCGGGCUUUGCAUUGGAGGUGCAGGUCCCGCCGAACGCAGGGGCUGAUGUUGUGCUGCCGGACGGGAAGAAUCAGACGGUGAGAGUGGGGAGUGGCAUCCACAAUUUCGCACUAGAGGGGUACGUUCUGCCUGAGUAAGCAUAUAGGCAGCUACAGAAUAGUGACAAACGAUUCACGAAGUCCUUCA